CUCCGGGUGAGGGCAGGAGGAGCCAGCCCGCAUCGGGACCUCGACUCCUUGUGCCGUCAGGCAGUGACGGUGAUAGCCAGUUGGCAAAGUGGCAUAGGUUGGGGAGGGGUGUUACGGAAUGACGGGUCAUUGGUCCGAUGGGCUGCUGGCUCGACAAGGCGAUCGGCGUUGUAUCGGCUCUCGGUCUUUCUCAUUCAACAAACAUGGUGUCGAUACCGACGAGCCGCGCCUGGCCAAGACUCGAUUCGAAAUGACUUCCCCACAGGAUUGCCACAGCCCCAGCGCUGCCCGCAUCCCAAAGCCAACGCAGCAGAAGCCAAUGAAGCCCGACGAGCUAGAUGAGCCGAAGAAACCGAGGCGGACUGCGGCCCAGUUUCUAUCUCGACAGCGACCAAGCCCCCGUUCAGAUGCAGUCGAGGCUGCUGCACGGCCGUCCCGGCGAACGGAGAUCUGCAUCCUUGGCCAGGCAGAAGCAGCAUUGUCGGGAAUCUGCUUUGCUCGGAAGUUCGCUUCGAUGGGGGUUCUGGCCAAUCGCGGCUGCUUCCAUUCGUCGUACCAUCCCGCCAGGCCCAACAUCGUCGAUAACUCGUUCGGCAUGGCGCAAGUGCUCUACAGCCACUUCCAGCACGACAUAUUGACGAUCCUUGUCACAAACGACGGGUUCCUGAGCACCAUCGAUGCACCGACGCUGACACAGCUCCCUCGCCUCUCCAGGCAGCAAAGGGACAUCCUCUUGCUUGUUCCGAGCUCGAUGUGGCUGUCCGUUCUCUUCAGACACCUGCAACUUCCAGACGAUUUUUUCAAAGAUCUCGAGCCGUCCAUCGAUCGGGCCGUCGUUGUCGAGGGCCUGUGUCAUUAUAUCGGUCGUAAGGACAAGUAUUAUCCUCUCUCGGCUGCCUCAUACCAGCGGGAGCUUGCACUUUGGUGGGAGGUCUGCAAGAACGGGGUGCUACGCUCCCGGCUCAUGAAGUUUUGCCAAGACGUCAACAUGAACCUCCAGUAUCCGCAAGAUCUGGUGGAAUCCAUCGGGCAGCGGACGAUCAUCCCCGAGGAACUGAGCAACAUGGACAAGUUUCGGCUCUUUGAUAGCGCUCAAAUCUUGAUGCCGAUGGAAUACUUUGAUUUCGAAGAGCACCAGACCUACUUUGCCAUCAUCCGCUUCAAAGGCCAUCCGAUGCGUUUGGACGAGUCGAGGCCGGGUCUGCUGCCCCACGAGAUGUUCGUCCUCACGACCGGAUGGCAGCUCAGCCUGGUCGUUUGCGACUGCAGCCACGACGAUCUUUCCGAUUGGCCAAGGGACAUGGCAAAUAUUAACCAGAUCAAGUUCAUGGAAUCGGAGGCCUUUGUCCACAGCUGGGACUGGAACCGGGUGACAGCGCUGGAAUAUUUUGAAAACGUCACCCUGCCGCCGUCGGUCAAGAGCUUCGUCGGCGCUCCCACGGCGAUGGACAUGAUCGAGAGGUUGGAUCUGUCUCAGUGCACGGAGCUGUGCUCGUUCGCAGGAUUUCCGAAGCAGGACGACCUCCAGAGCCUCGCACUUCCACCCCAGCUACGUGGCAGCGGUGAAUUGGCCUGGAUUCCCGAAACCCUCGUCUCCCUGGACAUGUCGCACUGCACCAAGAUCAAGACCCUUGCUGGAUUGACCUUUAUGGAUACAAUUCAGGUCCUCACUCUCCCUCCUUCACUCGAAUCGCUGGACGGAAUCGCCGCGUGCCCAGAUCUCUACAGACUCGACAUGUCCAAGUGCAUCCAUCUGUCGUCCCUCGGCAAAAUACCCCUGAAGUAUUGUGUCAUGGAUACCCUCAUUCUCCCGCCUGGCCUAGCGAGUCUGAAAGGAAUACGCCUGUCCGCUCCGGAGCUCGUGCAGUUGGACCUGUCGCCCUGCACCCUUAUGACGAGCUUGGUUGGCGCUCCCAAAGCACUCGCUGCCGCUGAGCAUCUUGUUCUCGGGCCAGGAUUCGAGAACCUGAAGGGAAUCGAGCAGUUCAAAAGUCUCAGAGUCCUCGAUCUCUCCAAGUGCAGCAAGCUCGCGAGUCUGGCAGGGCUGGCCAGCAAACAGCCGAAGCUGGAGGAGCUCGUGCUGUCGCCAAAUCUUGAAACUCUCCAGGGACUCCCGCAGUCGCUCGAUUCGCUUGAGCGACUGGAAAUGUCCGGAUGCGCAAAGUUGACGAGUCUGACGGGCAUGGCCAACACGCUGGCUUCUCUUGAUCAGCUCACGCUUCCACCGAAUCUGGAGCACCUCGCCGGGAUCCCCGAGGCGAUGCCAGAGCUCCAGGAAUUCGACCUCUCUCACUGUGUCAAGCUGAAGAGCCUGGCCGGCCUGCCAGCGGAGCUGCCGAAGCUUUCCGUCAUCCUGCUUCCGCCUGCGAUCGAAGAUCUGGAGGAACUUGUGCCGUUUGGGCACACAAUCCAGCACGUAGAGCUAUCCAAGUGCACUCGGAUCCGCAAUCUCGCCGAUCUCCCCCGGAUCCUCCCGAACUUGACCGAAAUCAACCUCCCUCCGCUGGAAAGUGCCUUGGAGACGAUCGACUUUACAAAGCUUCGCAGCCUCCGUCGGCUGAGGCCCGAAAAAUCGCUUCUUCACAACCGCCGUGUCCACAAGCUAGUAACGGCCAUUGGACGUGCGUGUCCUUCGCUCGUGAUCUUCUUCCUUUGAUGAAGUAUCUCGACUUUGGUCCCGGUUGAGUGUCCUGACCCGAGCCGCUCUCGCCAAGCUCGGCCCAGCCGUCAUGCCGCCGAGAAAUCACACU